GUAAGGUAGCAGGGUACCCGGAUGAGACAUAACACUUCGUAUCUGUUCCACGAACUGGAUCGCAGCAGACUGCGAUGGAUUUUAUGGCAGACCGGGAUGUGCGGAAGUACAAGGAGGAUGGGUACGUGGUUCUGGACGGGCUGCUGACCCCGCAAGAGUGUGAUGAACUGAGGCAGAGGAUGACCGAGAUCGUGGACCGGAUGGACGUCCCCGAGCACUGUCGCACCACCUUCUCCACCUAUCAUGAUGAGCAGCUCAAAACACAGGGAAAUGCUGAUUAUUUCAUCACAAGUGGAGAUAAGAUCCGCUUUUUCUUUGAGAAAGGUGUUUUUGAUGACAAAGGGGAGUUCAUCGUGCCAAAGCAGCAAUCACUCAAUAAAGUCGGCCAUGCUCUACAUGCGUAUGAACCAUUGUACAAAAAAGUAACACAUUCACCCAAAGUUCAGGGCAUAGCCAAGAAGCUAGGUCUUGUAAAUCCUGUGAUACUGCAGAGCAUGUACAUUUUUAAGCAACCAGGGAUUGGUGGAGAAGUGACAGCUCACCAAGACGCCACAUUCCUGUACACGGAGCCUCUGGGCAGAGUUAUGGGGUUGUGGAUCGCCCUGGAGGACGCUACGGUUAACAAUGGCUGCCUGUGGUUUAUCCCAGGGUCACAUGAUAGUGGUAUCUCCCGUCGCAUGGUGCGCACCCCAAAAGGCAAUUUUCCUCUCACAGACUUCAUCGGAAGAGAGCAGGAAUAUGAUGACGAGAAGUUUGUUGCUGCACCAGUUAAAAAAGGUGGCGUGGUCCUGAUCAAUGGGCAGGUGGUGCAUCGGAGUGCUGAAAACACCUCAGAGGACUCUCGCCACGUCUACACCUUUCACAUCAUGGAGGCCCUGGACACCCGCUGGAGCCCUGAUAACUGGUUGCAACCCACUGAGGAGCUCCCUUUCCCACCUCUUUACACUAAAUGAAGCACAUCUUACAUCUGGUGCUGCACAAAAAAAAGGACCAACAUGUAUGAACAAUUUAAAA